AUGGAUGAGUCACCUUCUUUCCAGGGCGUUAGCCCCCCAAACGUCGAACCAAAAGAUAAGGGGAAGUCCUCGCAAGUGGUGGAACCACAAGUGGUAGAUUUGGCUGGGAAUAUGCCACCUCUCAAGAUUGCUGAUGAGUACACAGGCAGCUCUUGUUCCCUGCUUUGUUGGGCCACAUGUAGCUGUGGAGCUGAGAAACUUAAAUCCAGAUUGACUGCUUCAGAUUCUGAGCCUGGGAAGAAUGAGAAGAAGCUUAGCAGACAAGAUAGAAUUGAGGUAGGCCGUUUUUUUCAGGGUGCUGUGAGUUCACAUGAUUGGGAGCUCGCUGAGAGUCUGAUAUUGUUGGCAGAUCCACAGACUCUCAAUGACGCUCUCUGCAUUUCUUUGGAUUCUAUCUGGUUUUUGAGUACACAACAAGAAUUGUAUGGAAUCACUGGGUUGACCAAGAAGAUCAUCGCGAAUGGGGCAUAUGACUUCACUAGAGCUGCACUUAGGACAUCGUUUCUCGCUUCCUGUGUUUCAGCUUGCCAGAGCAGAACAGUGAGCCUGGCAGAUACUGUAACUGUGAUGGCACAGAGGUUGCAUGAACGACUACAGGAAUGCAAUGGAGAUGAAGUUCUGAAGGCAGAAGCUGGUGCCAAGGUUCAGAAAUUCACUGAGUGGGCCCUUAAAUGUAUAAGUUUCCACUCUCGUUGCCUGGGAAAUAGAGACAGAGUGGACUGCAACUCUGCCAUCGAGAUCCAGCUACAAUUAUCAGCUUUCAAGACCUUUCUAGAUCUUGCUGGAAACCAUCUUACGGGGAAGGAUUUUACAGAAGCAUUUGAUGCAGCUUGCUUCCCACUUACACUUUUCUCUAGUUCAUUUGAUCCUGGUUGGGCCUCUGGUAUAUCAGCAACUGCUAUCCAAGGAUUGCUAGGCAUGCUGGUUGAAGGUGGUGCAGACAAUGUCAACCAAUGUUUUCUUGAAGCUUCACGAUUUGGGAGCACAGAGCUUGUUCGCAUCUUAUUGCAGAUUGCUCAAAGAAACAGCUUGGAUGUUGAUGUUGACCUAGCCUUGGGUUUUGCUUCCCACUAUGGUAAAAUUGGCACUAUGGAAUGUCUAGUGGAAGAGGGAAAUGCCAUGGCUUUCUUGGGGCCUUUGAUGAGAGCUGCUGAGAGGGGUUGCAAGCCAGUUGUUGAGUGGUUCGUUCAAAGGGGUUGCCGGGACAUGGAAAUAUGUCUUGCCCUUACAGCUGCCACCUCCAGCAGUCAAGUAGAUAUUGCAGAAUAUCUUCUCCCACAUGUUCCACAGCAUGUUCUUGCUGCACUCAGCAUUGAAAUUCUCAAGGCUGCAGGUGAACGAAGCGGCGGAUCUCUUGAUGGAGUGGCAUUUCUCCUGCGUUCAGACUUUUUAGGUGAUCCUGUAGCUACUUACGCAGUUGCUGACAGCAUUGCUAGAUCUGACGACGAGGCUGUUGCUCCCAAUCUCAAGGCUUUUCUUCAAGAGCAUUGGUCAGAGGCGGCUUUUUUGGAUGGACUGAGACAAGGUGAAGUACAUUACUUGAACCUUGUGCAGAUUGUAAAAUGGGGCGAAUCUCCCAUCUGCUUAAGGGAGCUUCCGGGCCCUCUGAGGGUGGCAAUAGCCUACCUCCCACUCUAUAGAGAAUGCAUCAAGGCAGGAGGCCAGUUGUUAUCACAGCGGCAUAGAGGGCAACUUGUGGAAGCUGCUAGAAGGCUCAGAGGCUUGAUACUAGAAGAGCCGGGCCAAAGAAUAGAGUUACUGGCUGUCUUAGAGCAUCACCUUCCUACAUUUUUGCUUAAUGCACCAACUGCCACUUAGCUAUACAGAAACUCAAGAUAUUGGAGCCAACUCCCCACCCCCCAAAAACCCCUCCCCCUCUCCCUCCAUGUUAUAGAUAAUAAUGACAUAAUAUCUGGGUUGAAGAUGAUCAAGUCCUAGAGGUUUGUCAAUUUCCUUAUCAUCUCUGUAGUUGUCUACUGCCUCAGCUCAUACAAAGUAUACUUGGAUGUGCUGGUAAAAGCCAUGUCAGAGAGAAGCUGCUAUUUAGAUGAUUUUCUUUGUCAUGGGCAUAUAUAUUAGCUAGUUCAUCUUUGUUGAAACUUGAUUCUGUCAAUUUCGUCUCUAUGGAUAUGAUGGUAUAUGUUGUGAUGGAUGAAUCGCGAUGUUUGACUA